UUUCCAUCGGAGAACAACAGAGUGCGGAAAAACAAUAAGCAAACUAGCUGUUCGUCUUUUAUAAGUUAAACUCAUUUUUUGUUCGUUUCAUUAACUUAAAAUGUGCACUGGCUGUGUGCAGAAAGAAUACCCAGACAGGGGUAACACUUGCCUAGAUAAUGGCUCCUACCUCAUGAACUUUCUGGGCUGCGCCAACUGUCAGCAACGAGAUUUUGUACUGAUCAGCAACAAGACCAUGGUGGAUGAGGAUGAGGAGGAGAUUGUUACUUACCUCCACAAGUGCAAGAACUGUGAUCAUGUCAUAGCAAGACACGAGUACACCUUCACAGUGGUGGACGACUAUCAGGAAUACACAAUGUUGUGUAUGCUAUGUGGAAAGGCUGAGGAUUCCAUCAGUGUAAUGCCAGAUGAUCCCAGACAAUCUGCCCCGCUGUUUUAGAUCAGUAUGCACAGAACAGGGAAAGAGAAAAGAAACAAGAAAUCCCUCCUGAAUAGGCAAGAUUGUCCCUGUUCUGGGGAAACAUCACCUAUGCCGGGUUCCAUCCAUGAUCAGCUGUGGAGAUAACCAUCAUGUCCAUGUCUAAUUUUUUUUUCAAACUGUACAUACGCUAGUGUGUGGGAACAUGGAGGUACCUGUAAACUAAAACUGAAGUGCAUGUCUGAGACAAGCUUAUGAGUUUAUGAUCUAUGAUAAGUCUAUAAUCUGGUGAAUUGCACAGUUGUAUACAGAAGCAUUCCCUGUUCUGUUGAUUUUCUAAGUGAAAAUAAGUUGCCAUCUUCUGCAAAGGACACUGCACAUUUGAAUGCAGUUAAUGUUUAUUUGCUGAAUUUGACAUGGGGGGGGGCAUAUUUUAAAGUUUAUUUUUUCCAAAACGUUAAACUUUUUACUUAGAAAAUCAACAACCAAGUGUUCAAACUUUAGCAUACAGCUGUAACAUACAGCCUUAGUAUUGUUUCUGACAUGCUUUGACCUUAUGAACCUGGUUGUUGAAACUAAAAACAGUCUUCAGGGUGGAAGUAAUCAAUGUGCAACUACCAGGCUUUAACCUUGGGGCACUGCUGGUCUGAAUGAUUUGGGGUGGACCAAUAACAAAUAAAAAAAAUCACUGAAAUUGUG